UUAAAGUUUCCUGUCAAGCUACAUUGAUUCGCCUAACGCAAUUUAAACCGGUAACUAAUCUUAUUUCAAAAUGGUUGUUCAAAGUUUUACUCCGUCCAUCAGAAGUGAGCACGGGAAAUUAUUGGAAUUCAGUCCGUUUAAUAUUUCGGAGGAAGAAUGUUCCAAAUUGAUAUUUGAAGACAGAUUACAACUUGUGAACGGAGAUGGAAUUAUGGUCGAUGAGGUGAUAAUUUCGGUGGAGCAGAGUGAACAAGGGGCAAACAUGUUCGACGUGUUUCAGUACAGUCAGGACAAAAACCUCGUGUUAAGAACAAUGAGUCACGUGACCAAGGACUUGGAAACCUUGUCUGAGGUUAGGAAGAUGACGUCAAAACUGCUGAGGAUUACUAACAUGGCUGACGUAUACAGAGUGUUCAUGGUGGCAACAGAUCUUGAGCGAAAGACGGGGACCAGAGUCAACGCAGAGUUGCCCAAGACGGAGUGUGAGACUCUGAUCCUGGAAGGUGCGAAUGUUCUGUUGCUAAGGAGACUCGCCAUGAGUCGACUGACAGGCGAGGUUACAGCGAGAACUGUCAACAAUGAUGGCGAGCUUUGUGAGGCCCACUACGUGGUGAAAGACGUUACACAUGAUGUGAUACAGGUUACAAGAGUGGUAGGAUCAGAGACGAUGACCACAGUGAUGACGUCAUCAGGUAGGAUCAUACGUCACCAGUGGUCCACGUCACAGUAUAGGCUACAGUCACAAUCCAUGUGGAAAGAAGGGGAGCCCCUCCAAGGGGUGGGGGAGGUAGAGAAAGAGGUCGAGGAAGAGGUCGAGGAAGAGGUUGAGGAAGAGGUUGAGGAAGAGGUUGAGGAAGAGGUGGAAAAUGGAGAGCCUACAGUUGAUAUGGACGCCUACUGGAAGAGGAAGCAGGAAGAGCUUGAGGUUCUAGGAGACUACUCGGUCCGUUGCUCCGUUGCACAUGAUAUGUUAGCUGACCUGAUGAAGAAUAUUCUUUUCGAAAAGCCAACUGAUCCGAUCGAUUUUGCAGAUAAGUUUCUCUCGGAGUUUUUGGGCAUUUCUAGAGAAAACGGAAAUGAAAGUCCAAAGUAUGUUUAA